AUGCAUCCGCCUGCACGCGACCUUCGAACCAUUCCACUCUACACUCGGCUCUUCCAUCGCUUCCGCAUCCCAGAGAGGCUUCCAGUCGUGCCACUCUCUUUCAGCAGCAGCACUGACUUCUGCUUGCCCCCCUCGCGACUCGUGCUGCAGUGA